AUGCCGAUUCGCCGCCCAAACAGCAACAGCGGCCGGGCCGGCCGCAUUUGGAUGGUGGUGGCGCUGAUUGUUGUGGUUGUGCUCGCUGUGCACGAUUUGUCGACGCGCAGCAAACUGGCAGAGACAGAGCAAGAGAAUGAGAGCAUCAGACAAAGCCGCGACGCCAUGCAGCUGCAAACGAGCCAAUGCAGCUCAAACCUCCACGACAUGACGGUGAAGAACAAGAUGUGUGAAAGUGAACGAGAGGAUGACCAGCGUGCCUUCAACUUGAAACUGGAUAAGCUGCAAAAGGUUCUCAUGGCUCAAAAGGAGGCAGUCUCAGAGGCGCGGAUGGAUGCAACAGAAACAAAGAAGAAGCUCGUGGAUGCAGAAGCAACGCUGGAGACAGAGAAGAACCGCCUGUUGGGCGAAGUGGGAGAAUGCCAGGAGCACCUUGAUUCCGCAAGAAAAUCAGCACAAGCCCAAGUUGUGGAGCAACAGGAUAAGCAUGAGAAGCUGCAGCAGACGCACGCGGAACUGCAGGAGGAAUUUGACCAAGUCAAGGAGCAACUGCAGGUGAAGCAAGGGAUGUAUGAGGAGGUGCAGGAAGCGCUCACAGAUCUGCAGGCCAAGUACGACGAGCAGAGCAGGAGCAUGCAGGCCAUGCAAGCAGAGCUUGCUGAGCUGCGGGCGGCGCGGGAUAACACGGCCCAGCACGGCCUGGUACGCGAGGAGGUGCACCUGGACGGCGAAAACGUUGCCAUUGAGCGCAGGGCAGCCGCAGACGGCACAGGCACGCAACAGCAGCAGCAGCAGCAGCAGCAGCAGCAACAACAACAACAACAGGAGCAGCAGCAGCAAGAGCAGAAUAUUGCGCAUGUGGACGAAAACGCGCUGCACGCCCGCGCACAAGAGCGCAUCGUCAAGGCAAACUUGCCGAAGCCGCCUGGCCAGGAGCACAGCCAGGAGGACAUUGAUGCGGCGCAGGAGGAGAUUGCUGCGCUGAACGAUGCUGCGCAUGCGCACCAGCUGAAGAGCGAUGCACAGCGGGCCAAGGAGGAGCAGGAGCAAGAGGACGACGACCAGGCAGCAAACGCAGCAGCAGCGCGCGGCGCACCGCUGCCCAAUGACGCCGCUGCCGGUGCUGGCGAUACUGGUGACGAUGAUCGUGCGUUUGGUCGGGUGAUGCCAGCCGGCGGUGAUGGUGGUGACGGUGGUGACGGUGGUGAUGAUGACUAUGAGGGCGGCGCAGCGUACGAUCAGGAGUACCGUGACGGCUACGCACAAGGAAAACGCGGCGAUGAUGACGACGACGAGGAAGAGGAGCAAGAGCAAGAUGGCCGCGGUGUUGAGCUGCCCCAGGAUGGCGCCGCAGCCGUUGUCGCGCCCCACAGGGAACUCGCUGGAAGAGAUGCUGCUGACACGGGCAACGCAGCUGCGCAGGUUGUGGACAACAACCAAGAAGCACAACCCCAGAAGUCCCCGCCAAACUGUUUCUUAUCUGUGGCGCUUUGUAAUUGGCACCUUUACCAUCCCUGCCACAAACUGAAAUCCCGCGGGCAAAGCAGAAGAAGAGACAGCAGUGGUGGUGAUGGUGGUGGUGGUCGUGGUGUGCUGCUGUUGUUGUUGUUCAUUCCACCCCCAGCACUGGCACUCAAACCUCCUCAACGCACCAUUGCACCUCGCUUGUCGAUGGGCCCGCAGCUCGGCCAGUUUUCUCAGAACCCACCCAGUAGCAAGCCAAACAAGGCCUCUCGUCACCGCACUCAGCCCAACAAAACCGCCAAAGUGACGCGAAAGCGGGCAGACAGGGGGAAGAACCCCAACCCCCGCAAGAAGAUGAAGGCGGAGGAGUACGCAACCAACACAAAGCAGUGCUGGGUCUGUGGCAAGACCAAAUCAUCGCGCGUCAUGAUCUUCUGGUGCUCCAAGCACCACCUCAAGGACGUGGAGUUUGAUGGGUACUUCCUCACCGUCCUCAACAGCCCCGUUGCGGACUGCACAGGCGACCUUCGCUGCCGUGCAAGAUACACCAUCUGCCACCCGUGCAAGGUGGCCAUUGAGGCUCUAUCCAACCGCAUCACCCUCGUUCGUGGCUGCUACCCGCAGCUGUACCAAGCGUGGACGUUCAACAUCAAGCCGUCGCACCUCCGGCCACCCCAAGAAGCAGACGAUCACGAUGAUGGCUUGCAUGACGACGAUGACGCAGAGACCCUACACAACCAGCACCACGAUCACAGCGCACCAGUAAGCAGGAUGGCCCCGCACGACCCGCAACAACGGAGCGCAUUGCGACCGUUGCAACCACGCUCAUCACACAUCAUGCAGUUCAUGCCACAGGACACGCAUGUUCCUCAUCCGCACAUGCACCAGCAACAGCCCCAGUCACAGCAGCAUUGUCACCAACAGCAGCACAUGUAUCCUCCGCCACAACCACGACGACAACAACAACAACAGCAGCAGCAGCAGCAAGCACAAGCACAAGCACAAGCACAAGCACAGCGCCGCCACCACCAGCCGCAGCAAAGAAUGCAGGCGAGCGAGCACACACACCAUCAGUCAAUGCAAAUACGCCAGCGCACGCCUUCCCAGCCAGCCAUGUUCAAAGGCAGCGGAUCUGGCAGUGGUAGUGGCGGCGGCGGCAUGCAAUUCGGACACUUUGCUACAUCGAGUCCGUCCAUUGUGCCGCGGUUUGCGCCGGGCGAUGAUGAUGGCCCAGACGGCGCCAGCGGCGGCGACCUCGAGCGCCAGUACAUGGGCGGCCCGUACCCAUUGCAGCCACCCAUUAUCUCCGGGAUGGGCAGCAGUGGUGAUGCCAGUGGUUCGCAACAGCACACUCAGCAGCAACGUCCCAAGUCGCAGCGGCAGCGACAGCAGCAACAAGACAACGAGUACCAGCACCAGCAUCAACAGCAGCACACGCCUGUUCAACCCAUGUUCUUCCCCAACCUGCCGCCGUCGUCGUCAUCGUGUGCACCCAUGCCUGCUGUGUCCGGUGUGCCAGCAGCCACAUCACUCGUGCGCAGCAGCAAGAGGGCAACUGGCAGUGUGCACGGCAACUGGAUGCAGCAGCCCGCACCCUUGUUGGAUGAUUUGGCUGCCAGUGGCGGUGGAGAGUACGUCAUUGUCAACACCAGCCACGGAAGCAGCACCAACAAUGACAGCAGCACAAGUACCGGCGUUGUUGUUGCGAGCGAAUCCCCUUCUGUGAGCCUUCCAGGCCUGUCUCUUGCUCCACCUCAGCAACCGCAGCAGCAGCAGCACCGCCGGCGCACGCAACGUCACUACCAACACCAACACCAACACCAGCAAGACGAUGACGAUGACGACAACGACAACAACAACGACAACGACAGCGUUGGCGACGGAAAUGAGCAUGGUGACGCUUCCAAUCCAUCUUCCAAGGCACAACUCGCGAGAAGUGGUCACUCGUUUUCGAAGAAGUUGCCCCAUGCCUUGUACGCGACGCCGACACCAGACACAACACACGGGCCGCAACGCCAAUAUCAUCAACAGCAGCAACAACAGCAUCAACAUCAACAGCAGCAGCAGCAGCAGCAGCGAUACACGACGGCGGAGGACGUGAGCAGUGCAUCGGCGGCUCACGCAAGCUUUGUGCAGUACCAGGACAAUGCUGGCCAGGUGCGCGUUGUUCAAAUGAUGCCGGGUCUCAGUGCUGGCUCAGGCCAUGACGCGACAGAGGCUGGCGACCGCAUGUUUCCCAUGUACACCAUGUUCCCGACCAUGUCGCGUGCGCAGAAACUGCCCACAUCCACCGCCACCUCGGCUGACACAAGCACAGGCACUGGCCGUGUCAGCAACAACGACACACUUGGCACUGCAGUGGCCUCCACCGCCCUUGUGGGCGCAAACCCGUCAACACAAGCGCCAACACGACAACCACGCCAACCACAACCACGCCAGCAACAGCAACAGCAGCAAGGGAGUACCCAUACAUCAGAUCAUGACCACAGCACAGCUGCACCGCAGCCGGUGAUGGGGAUGUGGCUGCCAUAUGAUGCAACUUUUGGGCCCGUGCAAGGCACGCACAUCCGUGUGGAUGAGAUCGGUGGCACGCGCGCUGUUCGGCCCACCUCUGUACCGCCACUCGCCACAGUCAGUGCUGUGGGCACAGAGUUGGCCACCAAGGUGACGACGCCCAAGCCAGCAGCUGUGAUGCAGGCUUAUUCUAGCGGAAAUACUGGCACAAUUGCCAGCUCAUCCGCGGGUGGCAACAACACCAACGCACCCGCGUCGCCAGCUGCGGCAUCAGCAUCAGCUCCCUCAGCACUGGUGGACACAGCAGCAGCGACAGCAACAGCAACAGUGCACCACCCAGAGCCAGGAGCCCCCAAGUCACACUCACACACCUCGCCGGGGAGUCGUGCACUACACCGCCAGCAGCAGCAGCUACAACAACAACAACAACAGCAGCAGCAAGAGAACAGUAACACCAACGCAGACAACAACACCGUGGACAGCGCUGCCGACACCGCCGCCGAUGACAGCACAGCUGCUGCGGAUGGGUUGGACGAGGCGAAAGGUCAAGCGGAUGUGCACAACAGCGACAACAACGACGACGCCACCAGUGGGCAGCCCUCGCUUGCAGUUGCGCAAUCGCACUCGGUGGUGACAUCUUCCUCUAGCGCCGCAAAGAACAAAGCGAUGCAGUCGACACGGGAGCACGAUGGCGCUGAUGUUAACAGCAACCACGACAGGCGCGAUGAUAACCACGAUGAAGACGAGGACAAGGAACAACAACAACAACAACAACAACAACAACAACAACAACAGCCACAACAACAACAACAACAACAGCCACAACAACAGCCACAACAACAACAACAACAACAACAACAACAACAACAGCCACAACAACAACAACAGCAACAACAACAGCAACAACAACAACAACAACAACAACAGCCACAACAACAACAACAACAACAGCCACAACAACAGCCACAACAACAACAACAACAACAACAACAACAACAACAACAACAACAACAACAACAACAACAACAACAACAACAACAACAACAACAACAACAACAACAACAACAACAACAACAACAACACGAUACAAGAACGGUACCACAGACGCCUUCACCAUCAUCGUCGUCGUCACACACAACAGUCACAGCGCAGGCACCAGUGACAACAGCGCAUGUGACAAGCAGCGCACCCCUAUCUUCCGAACCAGCGGCUAAACAGCACGCUGGCGCUGAUGCCGGUGCUGAACAUGACUGCGAUGGUGAUAGUGACAAAGAUGAAGAUGAUGACGGAUGCAAUGCUGAUCUCAAGGGUACUAGUGAUGGUGAGCAACACAAGGCAAAGCCAGCGGCGGUGCAGCAGCCUGAGGCGAGUGGCGCGGCGGUGGCGCCGUUCCUCCCGGGGCACGGCGCACCCACAGCCAGCAGCGACGUCAACAAAGAGAUUGCACAGCUCUUUCUUGAGGGAAAACUGACAGAGGCUCUCCGUCGCUCGAAGGAGGCGUUACCACAGCAGUUCAUGAGCGUGAUAACCGAGGAAGAAGGGGUAGAAGGGGAUGUUCACUAGCGCUUGUUCACACGCAGGCAUAUUCCUUCGAUGCUUGUCCCUUUUGACAGUGUGUUGUAUCCAGCAAGACGCAGCCACUCGUGUGUGUGUGUGUGUAUUCGGUGUUCACAUGCGUGUUGGUUGUUCAUUGUGUAUUUAGCUGUGUAUGUACAUAGCGGGCUUGCAGCGAAGACAAAAGGAGACAGGAGAAGAGCAGCUGGAAUAUUCGCACUUGUACAUAUGUGUAUGUCAAUGUGCGUAUACGUGUGUGUGUGCGUGUGUGCGUGUAUGACGACUACGUGUGGGACCGGGUGAUUGUGACAGUACCAAUUAAAUGGACACUCAAGCGACA